GUUUACCGGUUUAUGUAAAGCCAUUUAAACGUUCUAAAUAAAGCCUUAACUCCUCCCCAGUCCGGCACUCCCCCUUAUCUCUUCUACCAAGCUUUCACUCUCUCUCUCUCUCUCUCUCUCUCUCUCUGUCACAAAUGGAGGAUCUUACCGCUUUCUUCACCCUUUCCGUUUCAGUUAUUAUCACAGUACUUGUCGUCACCCUUACUAAAUGGAACAGAUCGCCGGCGAUCACCCCUCCGUCACCUCCGAAGCUCCCAAUACUCGGACACCUCCACCUCCUCACCGACAUGCCCCACCACUCCUUCUCCCAACUCGCGCAGAAACUCGGCCCCAUCAUCUACCUCCAGCUCGGUCGCAUCCCCUCCCUCGUCAUCUCCUCCGCUAGACUCGCCCGCGAAGUCCUCAAGACCCACGACCACGCUUUCGCCAGCAGACCCCAGAUCAUCGCCGCUCAGUAUCUCUCCUUCGGAUGCUCCGACGUCACUUUCUCCGCUUACGGCCCUUACUGGCGCCAAGCCCGGAAAAUCUGCGUCACCGAGUUACUUAGCUCGAAACGAGUCAGCUCCUUCCAACGUAUUCGAGACGAGGAGGUGAACCUGUUGCUGGCUUCUCUUUCCGCGCUGUCGGGGAAAGAAACCGAUAUGAGCCACCGAUUCUUCUCGUUGGCUAAUAACGUCUUGUGUCGCGUCGCGUUCGGGAGUAGGUACGUAGACGACGAGUCGAGGGUCGAAGGAGCAGGAGGGUCGAAAAGCCGGUUGCCGGAGAUACUGACGGAGGCGCAGGCGUUGUUUGCCGGGUUCAGUAUAGGCGAUUUCUAUCCGGCGUUGGAGUGGGUCAAUUGGUUGACCGGGCUGAAGAGGAGAUUGGAGAGGAACCUGGGAGAUUUGAGAACAGUGUGUGACGAAAUCAUCAAAGAGCAUUUAGAGAAGAGAAAGACUAGUAGUGGUAGUGCAGCAACAACCGACGAUGCUUCCGAUAGGGAGGAUUUCGUAGACGUAUUGCUUCGAGUGCAGAAAGGUGGCGACUUAGAGGUGCCCAUUACAGACGACAAUCUCAAAGCCCUCGUUCUGGACAUGUUUGUUGCUGGAACUGAUACAACAUCGGCCACGCUGGAAUGGGCCAUGACAGAGUUGGCUAGACACCCAGACGUGAUGAAGAAAGCGCAAACAGAAGUGAGAAGUGUGUUUGGCAGCAAAGGGAGAGUAGAGGAAGGAGAUCUGCAACAACUUGUUUACAUGAAGGCCGUGAUCAAGGAGACCUUACGGUUACACCCGCCGGCCCCUCUGCUGGUUCCCCGAGAGUCGAUAGAGAAGUGUGUUCUCGACGGCUACGAGAUACCGGCCAAGACUCGAGUCUUCAUCAACACUUACGCAAUUGGAAGGGAUCCACUCUCCUGGGAGCAUCCCCUGGAGUACAACCCUGAGCGAUUCAUUGGCACCAACAUUGAUGUCAAGGGCCAGGACUUCGAGUUACUCCCAUUUGGGGGAGGGAGAAGGGGUUGCCCUGGCUACUCCUUUGGAUUGGCUACCAUAGAGAUAGCACUGGCUAGAUUCUUGUAUCACUUCGAUUGGGCUCUGCCCAACGGCGUCACUGCUGAUGAUGUCGACCUCACUGAGAUUUUUGGCCUGGCUACUAGAAAAAAGGUUGCUCUGCUUCUUGUUCCUACUACCAUUAAGGAUUAUGAGUUCAAAAGAACUGGAUGAUACCUCUUUCGAUCGAUACUUGGUUCGUUGGCUGGUACUGGUUACUACUUACUAGCUACUACCAGCAGCAUUUGGCUGUUAUCUGUGUUACUGUGUAGUGCCAUGACCCCAUGAGUGAGGAUGACUGAUGAAUCAUCGUCAAUAACAUAUUUCUUUUUGCUGCUCCAUUUGUUUUUUACUUUUAGGUAAGCUUUUUGCUCCGUUGUUUC